AUGCCGGGUGACGCUUUCAACUCUUAUGAUGCAGAAACCAUUCCUUCCAACGGCGUUGGGCUUUCAGAGUCCCGAUUAUCAGAAGACAGGCGAAAGUUGCUGGAUCUCGUGAAUCGCUUGCACAGUACCGGCGUUCAGAUUGAUAUGGACUUACCCAUGAUAGCGGUCAUUGGCUCGCAAAGCGCGGGUAAAUCCUCGCUCAUAGAGUCAAUAUCUGGUAUUACUUUACCUCGCGCCGCUGGGACUUGCACAAGGUGUCCGACUGAGUGCAGACUCUCUCAUUCUGAUGAACCAUGGAAAUGUCUAGUUUCUCUCCGGUUCAUCACUGGCUCAAAUGGUCAGCCACUUGAUCAAGUUCGCAACAAGAAGUUUGGGCCUCCCAUCACGGAUAAAGCUGAAGUCGAGGACAGAAUCCGCAGGGCUCAGCGCGCAAUUCUCAAUCCUGGUAAACCCUUUUUGGAUUAUCUCCAAGGCGGGUUACGGGCGACAGAACGGACAGAACUUUCUUUUUCGAAAAACUGCGUGUCUUUGGCCAUUAGUGGUCCUGAUGUUCCUGACUUAUCAUUUUGCGAUCUGCCUGGACUGAUAGCAUCCGUCAGUCAGGGCGGUAAUGCCGAAAAGCCUAGUUGUUUGAUUCUUUCAACUGUUGCCUGCGAAACCGAUUUCGAGAACCAAGGUGCACAUCAGCUGGCUCAAGCAUUUGACCGUGAAGGGGCUCGUACUGUUGGUGUCCUUACCAAACCUGAUCGUAUGCCUUCUGGAGAAGAAAGUGGUUGGCUAAAGUUUAUCGAGAACAAAAGAGAGACGCUUGCCAAUGGCUGCGCACAAGAACUGAACCAUGGUUUGACUUGGGCCGAUGCGAGAAAGCAAGAGAGCGAAUUUUUCAUGAAGCAACCCUGGAGUUCGCUUGACUCAACAUAUCAAGGGCGUCUAAGGACCGGCAAUCUCACUCGCUGCUUGAGGAUACAAGAUGAUGUUUACAAUCUUUUGAAGACCACAGACGCGGAAAUACGCGAACUUCCUGAAGCACCAUCAACGGAUAGUGUGGGAGAGGUGAUACGCCUCGUGAAUCAAUUUUUACGAGCGCUGACACGGCGACUUGAAGGUACUCCUGAUGCAAACGGCCUUUUACAGGCCAUAAGACCAAAGCAAGAACAAUCCAAGAAGGCUCUCCAAGCCACAGCACCCAAUUUUCAACUAUGGAGCGAAAGAGACCAGUCGAAAAAUAAGAACACACUACUCCCACCGGACUUCCUCUUCAUUGAAGAGGACAAAGAUACGAACGAAGAGCCGAAGGUGGAGGACUCAUCGAAGAAGAUAUACAACGACGAAGUCCUCAAGUUUGCUCACAAUGCUCUCACCCGCGAGCUACCAGAUAACUAUCCCUUCGUAGUUCAGAAGGCAUAUAUCCAACGGUUCAUAGAGCAAUGGCAUGGCCCCUCGAUGUCAUUCUUUGAUUCCGUUCGCAACAUUUUGAAGGAUGACCUUGAAAAAUUGGUCACCGAACACUUCGCGAAGACCGGCAAAGGGCACUUAAAAAAGCGUGUCAUGUCAGCUCUUUCUGUCAUAGAACAUCUUGAUAAAUGCGCCAGUAAAUCCCAAAAGCACAUUGAAUGGCUUCUAGAGGUUGAGAAACCUCCGCUUACUCUAAACGUCCAUUAUUACAGCGACUACAAAGACAAAUUUUUGUCUUACUAUAAAGGUCGUCGAGGAAGAGGAACUCAAAUUUUGAAGAGCUUAAUUUCACCUCAAUCUCUUGAAAAGGAAUCGAGCGAAGCAGCGCGCUCCAGUAUAAACAUUGCUUUAUCCGAAUUGACCAAAGCGGGAUUGGAUGGUGUCAAGGCCGCAGAUUUCAUGAAGUUAUGUCCCAUGGACCCAAUGGAGCCUGCACUAGUUAUCAUGGCUGUCGCCUAUAAACGAUUUGCGGACAUGAUACCCAUGGCCAUUGACCACGACCUCGUCAGGGGUUUAGAAACAGGACCAGAGAGAAUCCUGAUAAAAAAUCUGGAGGCGACUGGAACAGGUGGCUACGAGCGUUGUCAGCUACUGCUAGAGGAACAACAUAGCACCAGGAUUCGUCGUGAAGAACUGCAGAAGAAGCGAAAGAGGCUGAAUACCGCGAAGGAUGAGCUACGACAACUACACACGUAUGGUCAAGGGGGUACUUACCCUUAG